AUGGCGACUUCACCACCGACAAUCUACCUCGCGGUCAGCCAGAAGCACACGCUUUCCACCACCCCGGAAACACUCGAAGCUCUGUCUCAGCAGUGCCAGAAAGCGUCCAAGCAGGACCCGUCUCCCGACCUGAUUCUCUUCCCCGAGGCCUACAUCGGUGGCUACCCGCGAGGGGCUACUUUCGGUGCCGCGGUGGGAGGCCGUACCCCUGAAGGCAGAGAACAGUUCCUGAACUACUUCAAGGAUGCUGCAGACCUAGGGGACACUCCCGAAGGCGCGGGGGAGAAGUGGGUGAAGAGAGAACUCGAGGGCCAAGAAGAGGGCGGUGCGGGUCGAGUCCGGAGAGGCGAUGGCACGCGAGAGUACCUUGAACGGGUGGCCAGAGAGACCGGAAUAUUCAUUGUCACGGGAAUCGUGGAACGAGCAGGAGGCACUCUCUACUGUGCUGUUGUAUACGUCUGUCCCAAGCUGGGAGUGAUUGGCAAACGGAGAAAGGUGAUGCCAACAGGAAGUGAGCGCCUGAUCUGGGGCCAAGGACAGCCGUCCUCGCUCCGCGCCGUGACAACCAGCCUCAGGGGCGUCCCGAUCACGCUCGCAGCCGCCAUCUGCUGGGAGAACUACAUGCCCCUUCUGCGGCACUCGCUCUACAGCCAGAACGUCAACCUUUACCUGGCCCCGACGGCGGACACGCGCGACACCUGGCCGGCCCUCAUGCGAACGGUCGCCUGCGAGGGGAGGUGCUUCGUCCUGAGCGCGAACCAGUGCCUCAAGAAGCAGAGCCAGCCCGCUUGGGUCUACGGGGAGAAGUCCGAGAGCGAGGAGUUCGUGUCCACCGGCGGGUCCUGCAUCGUGUCUCCGCUGGGACAACUCCUUCAGGGACCGUUGUGGGAGGAUGAGGACGGCAUGCUGACGGUCGGUGUCAACUUCGACGACUGCGUCAGAGGCAGGUUGGAUCUGGAUGUCGCCGGGAGCUAUUCGAGGAAUGACGCCUUCAAGCUGACUGUCACUGGGCUUGAUAUUAGCCCUCCAUUGUGA